CAUCAAAACGUAGGUAUUUUUGUCUAGUUUCAGUUAUGCGAUAUGUCUUAUACUUUUGGCUCGGCGAGCUUCCAAAUGACGAGAGUUCCAAAUCUUCCUGCUUUCGCUGCCCUGUUAAACAUCCUCCAUAUUUCUGAGUGAAAUGCAGAGCAAACCACCUUUUUAAAUCGCUGAUAUGCCCACAUUUCUAAGUUUAUCCACAUAAAUUUAAGUCCCUUCUGAUGAGCCCCCAAGUCUCGAGCUGCCAAUUUUGCCAGGCCCUCAGAAGGUCCUCAGUGAGGAUGACAUUGUUGGCGUCAGAGCAUCAGUGCUCUAUGAGAACUGCUUGAGGCAGCUUGUCACAUUUUUAAUUCUGCCCGUGGACAGAUGCACUGGUGUAUUGAGGACUGGUUUGGUGUGUGACAGUGUUGCCCCCUUUCCAACAAACAUCGCCAUCAGGGGCACUGCAAUGAGCGUUGAAUGGAUCUGCCCCAAUGGACAUUGCCUAUGGCGGUGGAACUCCCAGCCUGUGUUGAAGUUUGGCAUGCAGGCUGGGGACUUUCUUCUUUCCACAAACAUCUUACUCUCCGGAAACAACUACACUAAAGUUGCUCUCCUCUUCAAAUUCAUGAACAUGCGAAUGGAUAACCCUAACACACACUUCACCAUCCAGGACAGCUAUUGUGUUGACCCUAUAAAAACAUUCUGGGAAGAGAAGAGAUCUGAGGCCUUCAGCCGACUUCAAGGUGAUGGCAGAAAUGACUCACCAGGGCAUUCUGCACAAUGCAGCUACACGACCAUGGAGCUUGACUCUAAGGAAAUUGUCUAUGUGGCCACUAUAGACAAGCGACAGACCAACUGGAACUUCAAUAUCAUGGAGAAGGAGGGUUUUAUCCAGACUGUGGACAAGCUUACCCAAGACCUAAAGGUAGUGGAGUUCUGCACGGAUGCUCAUGUCCAGAUUGGAGCCCUUUUGAUGCCAGACAAAGGCACAUAUAAGGAUCUGAGAAUUCACCACAGCCUGGACAUGUGGCAUGGUGCCAAAAAUCUGUCCAAAAAGAUCUCUACCACACUUUGGAUUGGAGUUCUGCAUCAUGUUUGCAACAAUCACACCUGGGAAACGGGAAGCUGCCAAAACGAUCACCUUGAAGACACUCAGGGUAAACAGCGGAUUGAGAGAGAUUCGAAGAGCCACAAAGCACUAGUGGACAUCAUCCUCAACAAACGCUGGCAGAAGGAUGUCCACAAGUAUCUGCGCUUCAGAUCAACAGCACAUCUUGUGUCAUGUCAGAUUCACAUUCUGACAUACGCCAGCAAGCUCCAGGCCUUCACUCCCCGAGUGUAUGACUCAAGAGUUGUGCUUGCAGCUCUGGACUACAAUUUCCACCGCGAACGGCCAACAUACCGGACGGCAGAGGGCAGGGCUGGACUGGGACAAAAAAUUGGCCCUGGCAUUUUUGGCCCAGGCGGCCCACACCCACCGUGAUUGCCUUAGGAAGAAGUACAACAAGAAUGCAAGAAGAUAUAGCCUUUACGCCGUGAAGUGUGAGAAAUCGUAUGGUUACAUCCCUGAGUUGCAAGCCCGCAUCUUGAAAGGGAGAGUCACAAAUGGAGUUGGGAUGCGACGGAGGACCCUACAUCCAGAUGACCCACGGCAGCUUGGUGUUGUGCCCCCGAUACCUCCACCACCGACAUCAGAGUUGGUACGGACACAGGUCAGCAGAGGUCUGGGAUCAGCCUUCCAUGCUGCUACCAACUUGGAGGCAGAUUGAGCUGUUGUUUUGCUGGUGUUUGAGGUGUAAAUACACGAGCAAAUGUUUUUGUAAAUAUGAAUAAAUAUCUAUAUUGUUUUUUUUA